AUGGGCUUGUUCUCCAACAAAGCUCCUGUCGAGGAGCAGGUGGCUGCCGACCCUACAGGAACUCCCACAUACGACGAGAAGACCGCCGGCGAGCACCCAGGCGACCGAUCAAGCGAUGACGAACCGAUCGGAAAGGACCUCCAGGCCGGUGUCGCCAAGGUCGAGGCCAUGACAGCCGUCUGGACGAAGCGUGAUCUCAUCAUUGCCUAUACCCUCAUUUGGCUGUUCUAUGUCGUCACCUCUAUCCAGGAGGUCUCGAUGCGCGUUCUCUCUCCCUUCGUCACCAGCUCUUUCGCCAUGCACUCCUUGACGGCGACUACCAGCGUCAUGUCCACCCUCAUUGCCGGUCUGAUCAAGCUGCCGCUUGCCAAGAUUCUAGACACAUGGGGUCGUCCCCAAGGUCUCAGCAUAAUGCUCGUUUGCUGGAUUCUCGGCUUCAUCAUGAUGGCUGCUUGCAAAGGCGUUGAAACGUACGCCGCUGCUCAAGUCUUUUACUCUGUUGGAUCCCAGGGUAUUUCCUACUGCAUCACCAUCUUCAUUGCCGACACCUCGACCUUGAAGAGCAGAGCUCUGAUGCUCUCAUUCGCAACGACGCCCUACAUCUUCACUACCUGGGCGGCUGGUCCCAUCACCGACAGUAUCCUCAGCAAGGGCGGCAUCGGUUGGCGUUGGGGUCUUGGCUUGUGGUCUAUCGUGGCCCCCGUCGUCAUUGGCCCUCUUAUCCUUCUCUUCCUUUGGAACCAGCACAAGGCGAAGAAGAUGGGUAUCAUAGACGGCCGCGGAUCUAUCAAGAACAUCUCUGGCGCCAAAAUCUUGAAGUUCCUCAUUGAUGUCGAUGCCCUCGGUAUCCUCAUCCUUGCCGCGGGCAUGGCCUUGUUCCUCCUGCCGUUCAACAUAUACUCUUAUCAAUCCGAUGGCUGGCGCUCUCCCAUGAUCAUCGCCUUCAUCGUCGUCGGCUUCGUCUUGAUCAUCGGCUUCGUUGUCUACGAGAAGUACUUCGCCCCUGUCACCUUCAUCCCGUUUGCCCUCCUGAUGGAUAGAACCGUCUUCUUCGGUGGCUUGAUGUUUGUGUUUGUCUUCUUCAACUCAGCUGUCUGGGGAUCCUUCUUCACUUCCAUGCUCAUGGUCGUUUGGAACACGUCCACCUCUGAGACCACCUACAUUAGCAACAUUUACCGCACGGGCUCCUGCUUCUUCUCUAUCAUUAUCUCCUGGCUGAUUUACCGCACCGGGCGGUUCAAGCCGUUUGCCCUGUUCUUUUGUAUCCCUCUCAUGAUGCUCGGUGUUGGUCUCAUGAUCCACUUCCGUCAGCCGGAUCAACCCAUCGGCUACAUUAUCAUGACCCAGAUUUUUGUUGCAUUUGCUGGCGGACCAACCACCAUCUGCGGAGAAAUGGCCAUGCUGAGUCCCUCCGACCACGCACACGUUGCAGUCAUCAUGGCCAUCCUCGACCUUUUCGGUAGCGUUGGCUCGACAGUCGGUUACACUGUUGCCACCGCGAUCUGGACUGGUACUUUCAAGAAGAACAUUGCAAAGUACACUCCUGCUGGCACUCCAGUGGACACCAUCUACGGCGACAUCUACCAGCAGCUUAGCUACGCAGUCGGCACCCCCGAGCGCAUUGGCAUUCAGCGCGCCUACGGUGACUCGCAGCGCAUUAUGCUCAUCACGAGUCUCUGUCUACUGGUCGGAGCCCUUGGCUCCGUCGCCAUGUGGCGCAACAUCAACGUCAAGAAGAUCAAGCAGGUGCGAGGAAACGUUGUUUAG